AUGCAGAGACGACCCCUCUCUUCGCUGGCGCUACUGCUGGUGACCAUGGGAGCUGUGUUACAGGCGGAGACUCUUAAAGAAGAGCUCCAAAAAGCCCCCAGCACCAGGGGUCUCAUCUUCCUUGAGGAUGGGGUCUGGCCUCCUAGCGAUCCCCCAGAGCCCUUGUGCCUGGUGACGCUGAGAGCCGAGGGGAACAGAAGCAGAAUCCCGCUAAGGGUAGUAGGGGGCCUGGACAGCUAUGAGCAUGCCUUCCUGGAGGCUGUACAGGAGUCUCACUGGGGACCCCAAGACCUGGCCACCUUUGGAGUCUGCACUCCUGAUGCCCAGGCUGCCCUGCCAGUCCUGCAGCACCUUGGGGCCUGGCUGGGGGAGCCUGGGGGGCAGCAGUUGCUGGUCCUGCACCUGACUGAAGUGAUAUGGGAGCCCACGCUCUUGCUGAAGUUCCAAGAGCCUCCACGUGGGGGAGCCAUCCGCUGGGAGCAGGCCCUGCUGGUGCUAUACCCGGGGCCCGGCCCCCAGGUCACCGUCACAGGGACUGGACUGCAGGGCACACAGAACAUCUGUCCUACACGGGACACCCGCUAUUUGGUGCUGGUUGUGGAUUUCCCAGCGGGGGCCUGGAGUGGCCCUGGCCUUGCCCUAACUCUUCAGCCACGCAGAGAAGGUGCCACCCUGAGCAUCGCCCAGCUGCAGGCUUUUCUGUUUGGCUCUGACUCUCGCUGUUUCACACGCAUGACCCCUACCCUGCUGUUGCUGCCGCCUACCCAGUCAUCCAUGCAGCCAGCGCAUGGCCAGCUGGACACCAUGCCCUUCCCACCGCCCAGGCUGCCCGUGGAGCCGGAGGAUCUGCCACACAGCGCCGACCCCUUCCUAGAGACUCUCACCCGCUUGGUGCGUGCCUUGCGGGGACCCCCAACCCGAGCCUCUCACACGCGUCUGGCCCUGGACCCUGGGGCGCUGGCCAACUUCCCACAGGGCCUGGUUAACCUAUCGGACCCCGCGGCCCUGGAAUGCCUGCUCGAUGGGGAGGAACCCCUGCUACUGCUGCUGUCUCCCACUGCAGCCACCGUGGGGGACCCUACGCCGCUGCAGGGCCCCGCCUCUGCUCCCUGGGCAGCCGACCUGGCACGCAGGGUGGCCGUGGAGCUGCAGGCGGCGGCCUCAGAGCUGCGUGGCCUUCCCGGUCUGCCACCCGCUGCGCCCCCUCUUCUGUCGCGCCUGCUGGCGCUGUGCCCCAACGACUCCAACAGCCCUGGGGACCCGCUGCGCGCGCUGCUUCUACUAAAGGCACUGCAGGGCCUGCGUGCUGAGUGGCGUGGGAGGGAAGGGCGCGGGAGGGCGGGACGCAGCGUGGAGACCGCUGCAGAAGGGCCGUGCGGGCUGCGCGAGCUGAGCGUGGACCUGCGGGCAGAGCGCUCAGUGCUCAUCCCUGAGACCUACCAGGCCAACAACUGCCAAGGCGCCUGCGCGUGGCCACAGUCCGACCGCAACCCGCACUACGGGAACCACGUGGUACUCCUGCUAAAGAUGCAGGCUCGCGGGGCUGCCCUGGGGCGCCUACCCUGCUGCGUGCCCACUGCAUAUGCGGGCAAGCUGCUCAUCAGCCUGUCCGAGGAACGCAUCAGUGCGCACCACGUGCCUAACAUGGUGGCCACCGAGUGCGGUUGCCGCUGACGCCUGCUUUGUCUCCAGACAGUAUACCAAUAAAGAUCAGCAAACACUCAGUGGGGGUGUCUGUGGGUGGAGGGACCUCCUGUCACCUCCCUUCCCAAGUGCUAGAUCUGCACGCACGUACACACACCAUCCAGUCCGUGAGGAUGUGCUCCAUCUCCAUCACUUUUUAAAG